CAUGUGAUAGCCGACGAUUUCACAAUACAAUGUAUUUUCUUCUUCAUUAAUUUCAUAGCAAAUGUAAAGUAUUAUUAUAGUAUUUUCAUCUUUAGCUAUCAAUAGAAAAAAACGAAAAAUUGGACAAAAGUAUACAGUCUUGAAGAAGUAUAUCAGUCCCAUGCAUCCUCUUAGCAAACAAGACCACCUUCAUAAACAUAAACAUUUUUACGUAUAAGCAAAUUGAAAAAUCACCCAAGACUCUCUUUAUUCGAUUCUUAAAACAGUUCUCAACAUGCCGGAAGCUUCUCGCCGCUCAAAACCUCUCGCUGUCACUAUCUUCAUGGCGAUCGCGUUUCCGAUGAUGAUCAACGCAUUGGAUUCUUCAUCCGCAAGAAAACUCGACGAGGAACCAAUAAAAUGCACGCCUUGUCUCCAAAAGUCUCCUCCUCCUCCGUCACCUCCACCACCGUCUCCUUCUUGUCCUCCUCCACCACGGCCUCCUACUCCCCCGAAGACGUCUUACUGUCCGCCUCCUCCGUCGACUUACAUAUACAUGACGGGUCCACCAGGAGAGUUGUAUCCCGUUGACCAACAGUUUGGAGCGGCUGCUGCCAAGAGCUUUAGGGUCGUGAAGGUCUCUGGUCUGAUCGCGUUUGGAGUUAUGGGUUUCUUGAUGAGCAUGACUUAAUGGAUUUUCCAUCGUUAGUUCAUCGGUAUAAUUAUGUUCCUGAUAACUCAUAGUUAUUGUCGAGAAAUUAUCGAUUUACAUUAUGUUUUUAUCUCAAGUUAGGACCGAACUAUCAUUUUUCUCUGUACCAACAAUUCUAAUGAAUAUGCUUAUUUAUUUAUCUUGUGUUUACAGAGGUAUUUAUUCUGGAAGUAUGUGAUAUAUCCUCAAAAUGGAAUGUUUGUUGAAUGGUUAAAUAAAAUGUUUUUUCUUAAGGUUACAAAGUAGGCGUAGUUAGAGUUAAAAAUGCAAUUUAAGUAAUUAUGUGCGUAGAUGAAGUCUGGAUCCCAAUGUCGCAUUAUGUGACUAUUCUCCUAUUGUCCGACUUUGUUGUGAUGAUUUCCCACGCUGCACCAUUUCGAAUUCCCUGUCACUUUGAUUGAAAACCUAUCUUGCUUAACUUAUUUAACAGUAGUUUAUGCUUAUUGUCAAAGAGGAUAGGUAAUUCCAUCUUAUUAUUGUAUUGAACAAGAUUGAAUAAUGAAAGUAAGUUUGUGUUCAAAAAAAAACGAAAGUAAUUUUUUUUUCAUUUUUUUUAAGCUAUGAGCAAAAGAAAACUUAGAGAAUUUUCGUAUGAUAAGUAAUAAAAAGGUGAUUACAUUUGAUAAAACUUUCAAGAAAAGUCAAAUGUUGUUGUCAUCAUCAGAAUUCUUGCCUAAAUAAAUGAAUUUUAAUAAAUAUAUUUUAGAGCUAGAGAGAAUUAGAGGAACGUAGGUGGAAAGAACUAACAUUUAACAUAAGAUGCCAAGCCAAGAAAUUUUCAUUUCAACUUUCAAAUUCUCAAUCGAUUAAUAAGUUUACGAUGCAUAUACUUUUUUAUAGCCUAACAAUUUGCAUACCGAAUCCAAAAUAUUGCCUAAACGCUGUAAACAAUUACUAAGAAAAAAUCAUUUAAAGCGUGUCUAGUGAAUGAGGAGCUAAAAUAGAAGAACUGUAUAGGUAGAAACGGUUUAAUCAAUUACUUUGCUUAAAUGGAAAAAUAUCCACCGUUUAUGUGUAUUCUUGGCCCACUCCACCUCAUAUGUUGCUUUGUUAUAAACAUAUAAAGAGAAUAGAUAACAAAGGAUGGAAGAGAAGGAAAAAACAAGAAUAAACAGAUUAGGCUCCCCUCUUUCGUUUGUUUUUUCAAAGGCUUUCCCAUUGUAUAAUUUGAUAAGGUGGGAAAUAAUAGAGCAAAUCACAGCCUGGGAUUAAUUAUUAACUCUUAUCAUCUAAGCUACUAGCGAGUGAUACACAUGCAUGUGAUAUAUGUCGUGGUUUUUUUCAUGCCGUGUGUAAUAAUAUUCUCCAAGUGGUCCUCAACUCCGUUACAACAAAAAAUGGAUAAGCAUUUUGGUACCUCUUACACACGAAAAUGUUUACAUGAUUUUAGUUAUCACAUAUUGAAUGUAAAAAUAAAGUUUCGUCUAAAUCUAUCUCUAUGUUAAUAACAAAAAUUAUAUUUAUUAUUUAUUUCUUGAGAAAGAGAAAUUAGUCUCUAUAUUUUCUUCCCUCCUCUGUUACAGCAACAAGCAAAGAAGCUCCCUAACAAAAAGCGAGCAACUCGUAUUUUCUAUCACUAACGUGUAACGUAAAGUUUAAACGUUUCACAUAUAUAUAUUAUAUUCGAGAAGUUUGACGUUGCAUAUAUACUAAUAUGAUAAUAACCCGCCAAUAUGUAUGCAGUUUAACAGUAAAAUAGUAUUGUUUUCUUAAUUCAUUUUCAUUAUGCAUAUCAAGCGGUGACUUGGAUCAUUCAUGAAUUUCUCGACGAAGGACAAAAUCAUACAGCCAAGUAUCAUAAUUUACAAGACAACAAGUGUAUCGGAGCCACAAUACACGUUAGACUUCAUUGACAUUGUUAGUCGUCACUAUCCAACAUUUUCAUCACUUGUCUUUUGUGACUUGUCUUAAAUCACUUAAAUGAAUAUAUGUUUUUUUUAUAAAACAAUGUAACCAAAUUUUUUUCUUAAAAAAGCCCCUUCACUUAAUGGUUUCUAGGCCUAAUGGUUUCCACUCAGACUCAAUCACACAACAAGUAAGAGAGAAAAAUAAUCUCCUACUUCUCUCUUUUCUCUUACUAAAAACAUUUGUUUGCUUAUCAUUAAAAAAGUCUCCCAUAAAAAAAAAGAAAACGAUGGCCAUGAUGAGUAAACGUUGCAGUCACCUCUUAAGUCUACUGUUCGUCUCUACUCUUCUGAGCUUCCCUUUCAUAACCAUAUCGGAGACGCCGUGUCCGUACCCUUGUUACCCUCCUCCAACUGGAGGUGGCUCAACUCAACCGGCCGGUUAUUACCCUCCUCCAACUGGUUAUUAUCCUCCUCCAACCGGUUAUUACCCUCCUCCAACUGGAAAUGUACCCAACUACCCUUCUCCACCGUACGUCGGAGGUGAUUCCGGUGGCGGAUAUUACGGUCCUCCACCGCCUGACCCUAUCUUGCCUUACUUCCCGUUCUACUACAGAAAGCCUCCUCAUCAGACGGAUCAGUCAUCAUCUUCAUCUGUUUCUGUGGGAUCAACGGUCAAGAUUGUAACGGUGGCAAGUGUUCUUGCGUUGCUUUUGGGUAAAGUCUAGUUUAUAAGUUAAAAUAAUUUUCGCUAGAUGAAACUUUAUGUUACUUGAUUACUAUAUAAGAAGUGCGGUGAUGCUAAAUGAUAUGCUUUUGUUAGUGUAAAGAUGAAUCAACAAGUUUGUUAGUGUAUAGGGUUUAAACCUAUAGGCUUAUUAUUAGAACUUUAUUCGAUCCUACUUUUGCUUUUGCAUUAUUGUUAUGUUUAAUUAAAUGUAGUUUUUAAAAGAAAAUUACUUCAUGUUAUUA